AUGUCUGAUCCUCAUAUAUACACCGUCGGUUGGAUCUGCGCCAUUACCGCCGAGUUUGUUGCCGCCCAAGCGUUCCUUGAUGAGGAACACGCCGGCCCGCGACAGACCGCACGACACGACAACAAUAGCUAUGUUCUAGGCAAGACUAGCGGUCAUAACGUCGUCAUUGCUACCUUACCUAACGGCCAAUAUGGCACAACCUCGGCAGCAACGGUCGCUAGAGAUAUGCUCCAUAGCUUUCCGAAUGUGCGUAUUGGGCUGAUGGUAGGUAUCGGUGGCGGCGCACCUAGCCAGAAGCAUGAUAUUCGGCUCGGUGAUGUGGUCGUCAGUACCCCAAAUGGUGGACGAGGAGGCGUGUUCCAGUACGACUUUGGCAAGACCGUACAGAAUUGCAAGUUCCAAGGCACAGGAUUCUUGAACCAGCCGCCGUUGCUGGUACUCUCAGCCCUCACUACGCUUCAGGGCAAAUAUGAAAUGAAAGGCCACCGGCUUAUCGACGAAGUGGACAAGAAUAUCGGGAAGAUCAAGAAGAAGAGCGCAUACGGACAACCUGCUCAAGCAAGCGACAGGCUAUAUAAGCCUAAAAUUGUACAUCCUUCAAGCUGCUGCGAUGACGUAUGCGGCGAUGAUACCGCCAGUCUCAUAGCCCGCCCUGAUCGAGGCGAAGAAGAUGACAAUCCUGCUAUUCACUACGGCUUGAUUGCUAGCGGCAACCAGCUGAUGAAGGACGCGCAUAUCCGGGACAUGUUGAUAAAAGAGAAGGACGUUCUAUGCUUCGAGAUGGAGGCUGCUGGUCUGAUGAACCACUUUCCGUGCCUUGUUACCCGGGGGAUAUGCGAUUACUCUGACUCGCAUAAGAACAAGGAGUGGCAGGGCUUCGCGGCCAUGAUGGCGGCAGCUUAUGCCAAGGAUCUUUUAUACCAGAUUGCGCCAGACACUGUUGAGGCUGAGAAGCCCAUCUCCAAUUCCAUUCAAGAGUUGCUUUCCGACAUUCAAAAGGGUUUACAGUAUUUGAAGCUCGACAAAGGCGAAAAGCUGCCUACCGCCCGAAAGCCCCAAUCUGUUGUGCCAUUCCGCCGCGACUCCGAUUUCGUAAACCGGCCUGACAUCUGGUCAUGGAUUGAAACGCGAUACGCCGGAUCUGAAAUAUGCUUUGCUCUCGUGGGCCUCGGUGGCUUUGGCAUCUUCUGGGUCAAUGCCAGUACUAAAGCGACCUUCCAAGACUCUUACCGUUCCGUAGCAGAAGCUCUGGAGCUCCCUGAUCGCCACGACCCUGGUGUCAACAUUCUAGCGCUGGUACGCGACUGGCUGCAGAGAGAGGAUGUGAGCCGGUGGCUGAUGGUUGUCGACAAUGCCGAUGAUGUUGAGAUGCUCACUAAGACGAAUGAUCAGAAAGAUCCGCCAAUGCCAAUAGCGUCGUAUCUCCCAAAGACAGGCAAUGGCAAGAUUCUCGUGACGUCGCGCAGCUGGGACGCGGCAGAGAAGCUUACGGAUAAUGGCGAGAUGAUCCUGAGAGUUUCGAAAAUGGGGACAUUGCAGGCCCUGCAGCUACUCCAAAAGAAACUCGGCCAAGAUGUCGACGAAGUCACCGCAUUGCGCCUGGCUUUUUUCCUCGACCACAUUCCCCUCGCCUUGAACCAAGCAGCGGCGUAUAUACACAGACGAAGCCGGGGGACCAUCCAGUCAUACAUGGACGAACUCCAAAAGAGUGAGAAGCGGAAAGACGCUUUGCUGCGUAUCGACAGAGGGGAUGCCCGGCGGUACCCCGGUGUGUCCAAUUCUGUCGUUCUGACGUGGCAGUUGACGUUCGAGCAGAUUAAAAAAAAGCAGCCUCGGGCGGCCGACCUCCUGUCGUUGAUGAGCUGCUUCCAGGCACAGAACAUUCCAGAGUAUAUGUUGCACCACUAUGCCAGCGAAGUCUCGAGUGUUGAAGAGAGCGGCGACAACGACGAUGGAGAUUUGGAGGACGACUUGGAGGUGCUCCAGGGUUACUCCCUCGUCACGAUGACAGCCAGAUCAGGGUUCUGUGAGAUGCACCCGCUAGUAAAAUUUUGUACACAGGCCUGGAUUCGGGAUUUUGGUCUCCCAGAGCUGUGGAAGAGACGCUUCCUCAAAUCUGCAUCACGACACUUUCCAUGGGGCGAAUUCGAAACAUGGGAGCAGUGUCAAACGUUAAUGCCCCAUUUACAACCACUACUCAAUCAAAAACCUUCAGAAGAAAGCGACCGGUUGGAAUGGAGCACAUUAGCGACGAAUGUUGCCGGCUACAUGUUUGCGCUGGGCGACUACUCUCGAGCGGAGGUGCUAGCACAAGACGCCAUGAGCAUUUACAUGGAAAGCCUAGGUCGGCAAGAUCCCUCCACGCUGUCGAGCAUGGCCCGCCUGGCUUCAAUAUAUCGAGGACAGGGGCGGUGGAAGGAGGCUGAGGAGCUAGAGGUGCAAGUAAUGGAGACGAGUAAAACCGUCCUUGCGAAAACGUAUAAGGCUCUGGGCAAAUGA